CCAAUUGUGUGGCUGGCAAGAGGAAAACUAAAACUUUUAAAUGCAAUUUUAAAAAGUGCUUAGUGAAGUGAAUUCAUCAAGAGUCAAAGACAUUUUUCAGCAUUUUGUUGGAAAAAACUGCAAAGCAAUUUGGAGACAUUUAAGAGGCGAAAAGGAGAAACAAAAUAAAUAAAAUAUAACAAAUCGAAAUUUUCAACGAAUUCGUAAUGUCCUUUCGUGCUUACGAUCUGAAAACGUUCUUUGAAUAUCCAGCACUCGCCUUCAAGUUGGCUUGUUUCGAGCCAUUCAUGUGUAGUGGCAGCCAGCUUGGCCUUCGGCACAGAUCUUGGUAUCGCGUACAGCAAGUGCUAUAUAUAUGCGGCUCAAUCACGUUGGUUGUGAACGUUUCCGCACUUGUCGCUGGUGUUUUUGUGCCACGUGCAACCCCGGAGGCAGAGUUGUAUUCGAGCAGCGAUUCGCAAGUAUUUGAGGUACUUGCGGUAAUUUCAUACUUUUGUUGUGGCAUUUACAAGAUGUGGACCCUCUUUUGGCGGCGCCAUGAUAUUCUCAAAGUACUGGAAGAAUUCAAGGAUCUAUUUCCGAGUGUAGCUAAACAGAGGAGAUUCGCAGAGUUGAAUGAGUCUGAGAAGGGUCAGAUUGGUUCCGUUGGCAUCUAUCGACUUCGUUAUUAUGAAGAAAAGUCACGCGCUAGCAUGAGACGUCUCACACGUUUCAUAAUACACUGCUACAUCUACUACAAUUCCAUACCGAUUCUCCAGCUGUGCUAUGCGUUUGUGACACAUCAGGAGAAGAUUAUGUACAGAGCUCAAGCGAAUACCUGGUAUCCGUGGCACAAUCACAAUGAUCACUCCUCGUUCAUCGGCUUCAUGGCCGCAUUUCUGACCCAGGCGAUUGCGGAGUAUAUCUGCAUUGUAUUCAUAGUGUGUAGUGAUAAUCUUUUCUGCUUUUUCACCACACAAAUCCUGAUGCACUUCAAUUAUCUGUCCAGUGCCUUGAGUGCGUUGGACGCCAGUGCGCCGAAUGCGCUUCUACAAUUGAAAGCCCUCAUCAGCUAUCACAAUCAAUUGUUGCGUCUCGUUGUGCGCAUUAAUUCCAUAUUCAACUUGACUUUCACCUUGGACUUAAUAAUCACCACUUUUGCGAUUUCUUUAAUGGGCUUGACUAUGGUGUUGGUCAACCUCACUAGUGCGGUGAUGUUUUCGGCAGGCUUCUCUUUCUUCCUGAUUCUCGGUUAUCUAUUUUGUAAGAACGGCGAUGAACUCAUAAGAGAGACCAUGAAGAUAAGUCCAGCAAUUUUCUAUAGCAACUGGUAUGAGGGUUCCUACGAGUAUCGUCGCCUGAUUAUCUUCUUCAUAAUGCGCACAAAAGCCCCUUGCGAAUUUCAAGCCUACGGUUAUACGUCACUUUCGAUGGAGACUUAUAUGAGGAUCUUGAAGCUUUCUUAUCAGCUCUUCACAUCUUUUCGAGCCAUUGAGUAGUGAAACAAUGAACGGAAAUUAUUUCAACAACAUAGUAGAUGCACAAUAUUUUGUACUAGAGGGAAGAGAGAUCUCUGCUUGCAUUUCACAACCGCUACUAGAGUUUAAAGACAAUUGUUAUUAGAUUAUAUAGAAUAUGCAUCUCAGCUACUUAAGUCAGCUAAUAAAUUCGUUUAUUAUUGAUAUUG